UUCCCCCUGCAGCGCAUGUUGACGCGCCACCUCAAGUGCCACAGCAUGGUGAAGAGACACCCCUGCCACUACUGUGGCAAGGGCUUCAACGACACCUUCGACCUCAAGAGGCACAUGCGCACUCACACAGGUAUCCGUCCGUACCGCUGCGAGCUGUGCGACAAGGCCUUCACCCAGCGCUGCUCCCUCGAGUCCCACCUGAGGAAGAUCCAUGGCGUGUGCCAGCAGUAUGCCUACCGCCAGCGCCGCUCCAAGAUCUUCGUGUGCGAGGAUUGCGGCUAUACAUCCAACCGGCCCGACGAGUACUUCCUCCACAUGCGCCAGUGCCACCCGGGCAGCCAAGCCCUGCGCCGCUACUACCGCCGCCGGGCAACUGAGAGCGCCAACAACAUGCCCGCUGAACACAAACCCAGCCCCUUUUUUAUGUAUACUAUGGCUGGUUACUAUAUGAGUUGA